AGGGGUUGGUAAGGUCGGGCCAUGGUGGGGCAGAGGCUGGGAAGAUGGCGUGGCGAGGCUUGGCGCACAGGGGCUGGGGCUGUGGCCAGGCGUGGGCUCCGCCGGCGGGCGGCUGCAGCUCCGAAGAACUGACCGCGGCCCUGGCCCGGCCGCGGCUGCUCGCACGCAGGUUUAAUUUUCUUAUUCAGCAAAAAUGUGGAUUCAGAAAAGCACCCAGGAAAGUCGAACCUCGAAGAUCAGAUACAGGAAGAAGUGGCGAAGCUUACAAAAGAAGUGCUUUGAUUCCUCCUGUAGAGGAAACAGUCUUUUACCCGUCACCUUAUCCUAUAAGGACUCUUGUAAAGCCGUUUUUAUUUACUGUUGGGUUUACAGGCUGUGCGUUUGGAUCAGCUGCUAUCUGGCAAUAUGAAUCACUGAAAUCCAGAGUCCAGAGUUAUUUUGAUGGUAUAAAAGCUGAUUGGCUGGAUAGCUUAAGACCACAAAAAGAAAUAGACUUCAGAAAGGAGAUUAACAAGUUUUGGAAUAACCUAAGUGAUGGCCAGCGGACUGUGACAGGUAUCAUAGCUGCAAAUGUCUUGGUAUUCUGUUUAUGGCGAGUACCUUCUCUACAGUGGACAAUGAUUAAAUAUUUCACAUCCAAUCCAGCCUCAAAAGUCCUUUGUUCACCAAUGUUGCUGUCAACAUUCAGUCAUUUCUCCUUGUUUCACAUGGCAGCAAAUAUGUAUGUUUUGUGGAGUUUUUCCUCCAGCAUAGUGAACAUUCUGGGCCAGGAGCAGUUUAUGGCAAUGUACUUAUCUGCAGGUGUUAUUUCUAAUUUUGUCAGUUAUGUGUGUAAAGUUGCCACAGGGAGAUAUGGACCAUCACUUGGUGCGUCGGGCGCGAUCAUGACCGUCCUCGCAGCCGUCUGCACUAAGAUCCCAGACGGGAGGCUCGCCAUCAUCUUCCUUCCAAUGUUCACGUUCACGGCCGGCAAUGCCCUCAAAGCUAUUAUUGCCAUGGACACAGCAGGAAUGAUCCUGGGGUGGAAAUUUUUUGAUCAUGCAGCACAUCUUGGGGGCGCUCUCUUUGGAAUAUGGUAUAUCACUUACGGUCAUGAACUGAUUUGGAAGAACAGGGAGCCUCUUGUGAAAAUUUGGCAUGAACUGAGGACUGACGGCCCCAAAAAAGGAGGUGGCUCCAAGUAAACUGGGGUUUGCUGAUGCGAGUGCAUCUGUUCCGUGUGGCCUGGAAGCUGCUGGAGCAUCUCGGCCCUGAGGAGCAUCCUGCUCCUGCCUGGAGGAGACCCAGCACCUAACUCCCCAGCAUUUUAAUUUGCCCCAGCCUGCGUCUUCCUAGAAAGUGAAUUAUGGCAAAGUUGUGAAAUAAAGGUUUAUAUCUCUGGUUUGUAAA